AAAACAGCGCCGUGUGGGAUUGAUCUAAGAAAAUGAGGGACACAGUGAUGGAGUUAGAGCGGAUGUGCAGCGGAGAUUCAGCGAUCAGCCUGCUUGUGGGGUUCCCCGACUAUAGUCCUCCAGAAAAUCUCGUGGAAUACAUCAAAGACACUGUUAGCGGGAAGAACAUUAUACUGAACCAGUACUGUACAACAACAAACGGCCAUCUCCCACUGCUGGAAGCAUUCGCUGACCUCUAUUCCCCCAAAUUCAACAGAACCUUGCACCCACUCAAAAAUAUUGCCACGUCUAUUGGAGCGACAGGUGCAUUGAUGAAGCUAUUCAGGUCGUUUACAUUACCUGGGGACGAGAUAAUUUUAUUUGAACCCUACUAUACCCUCUUCUAUCACAUGAUGCAGGACACUAGUGGCGCCACCGCUGUCACAGUGCCAUUACACUUGAAUCGUUCACCGAAUGCUGUACCUCCAACAAGUGCAGAUUUCACAUUCGACCCCGAAGAAUUGGAGGCAGCAUUCACGGAGAAAACCAAGAUGCUUCUUUGUAACACGCCUCACAAUCCAACAGGAAAGAAAAUUUCUGGUCUAUAG